AGGAAGUAAACGGGAACUGGAUGUUGUUGUGCUGUGAUCGUUCUGGUUGGUGGAUGUUUAGAGUUGUAUUCUGUUUGAAGUGACCGUGAAAGGAUUGCGAGUUUUCAUAUUUGGUGCACUGGAAUUGGCAAGAUAACAGUAUAAUCGAUCUUGUUUGCCUUUGAGAGUGGUUUUCUUUAAAAUGAUGGAGCAGGAUAUGAUUAACGGCCAGGACAAUGAUAUUGACGAGGCAGUAGAAGAUGGCGUCGUGAACGGCGAUAUUGCUGGAAAAGCCGGUCCAGGUGAUUCUAAGGCUAUUGACUCAGUUUCUGUGGAUAACAGAAUUAAGCGCAAAGCUAGAAGGCUGAUCAAGCAGCUAAGCAAGGAAGUUGUAACAAAUGGUACGUCGGUUGCUCUUCGCAAAAAUAGCCGUCGACCAAGAAAUGGUUUUGGCAGAGGACUGCCGAAGAAAGGUGGUGCCGGAGGUAAAGGAGUUUGGGGUAAACUGGGAUCAGAACUGGAGGAAGCUGAUGUUGACAUGAAUGAUCCAAAUUAUGAUGAUGAUUCUUUGGACAGCGGAGAUGUUGCACUUGAGACAAUCAUUCCACAGUUAUCAGAAGAGGAAAUUAGGAAAGCUGCCGAACCUAUUAUUCUGGAAUAUUUUGAGCAUGGUGACACAGCUGAAGCAGCAUUAGCUUUUGAUGAACUAAACUGUGCCAACAAGAGGUUUAUGAUUCCUAUGCUGGCUAUAGAAAUUGCCAUGGAUCACAAACCAUCUCACCGUGAAAUGACAUCGGUCCUGAUAUCAGACUUCUAUGGCCGUGUCGUUUCACAGAAAGACAUUGCCUUAGCAUUUGAUCUCCUGUUGAAAAAUCUUCCUGAUCUUAUUUUGGAUACACCUGACGCAGCCACAGUUCUGGGCAAUUUUAUUGCAAGAGCAGUGGCUGAUGACUGUCUUCCUCCCAAAUUUGUCAUGAGCUACAAGGACAAGGUGGAAUGUGAGCAUGCAAGGAAAGCUCUCAGUCGAGCUGAUACUUUGCUUUCCAUAAAGCACGGUAUGGUCAGGCUUGAUAAUGUGUGGGGUGUCGGUGGUGGAUUGAGGCCUGUAAAAUACUUGACACGCCAGAUGACACUACUACUGCAAGAAUACUUAUCAUCAGAAGAUCUUCAGGAAGCGACCAGAUGCUUAUUGGAGCUUGAGGUGCCUCAUUUUCACCAUGAAUUAGUUUACGAGGCUGUUGUAAUGACAAUAGAAGCUAUCAAUGGCCACACAGAAGAACUUAUGUGUAAAUUAUUGAAGUCUCUGUACAGUGCAAUUAUAAUAACACCAGAUAUGAUGGACAGGGGUUUCCUCAGAGUGUAUGAAGAUAUGCCAGAUAUUUGCCUUGAUGUUCCUCUAGCUUAUACAGUUUUGGAAAGAUUUGUAGAAAGAUGUCAGAAAGCUGGAAUCCUUGGCGAAGAGGUUAUUAAGAAGCUGCCCUCGAGGGGCCGCAAGCGUUUUGUGUCUGAGGGUGAUGGUGGUCGUGUGAAGAGCUAUGAUUUUGUUUGAAAGAAGAUGGACACACACACACAUACAACUGACAUCAGUAUGAAAGUUGAAAGCUAGAUUGAAGUUGAAAGAUAGUUUGCCAUAUCAUUCUUAUGUGUCCAGUUGGCAGAGGCAAGAGUACCCAUGGCUUCCCACUGUGCAGUGUACAUGUUUUAUGUCAGUUACGUGCAGCAUUGUGCACAGAGUUACAAAAGAUCCUCAAUGAGGAUUUCCCUUCUUCAUUAUUUUCAAUUUAGUUUUUUUAUGAUUUUGAUUACUUUCUAUUUUCCACACUCAUUCUACCAGCUACUCUUAUACAAAAACAGAGUUAAAGAAGUAUUUAAAAUGUAAUUUGUGUGUUUGAGUUAUUUUGUUAGUACUAUCACUUAGGUAACAGCAUUUGCAUUUUCUUUUAUCAUCUUUUCUAUUUAGAGUGUUGAUGUGGCACAUCGAAUAACAUCUUAAUAGUGCACAAGGCACAUUUUGUCACCAUUCCAAAUGGAUAUCAAUGUAACUGGGGAGCAUAUGUUGAAAUAAAUAACAGAUAAGGUGAUUAAAUGAAAUUUUAUUCAUAUCAAUACACUUGAUUUAACAGUAUUGUGAUUGGCUUCAUUCUUGGUUGAUUCGUGAUAGUAUGAGACAAGUAGAAACUUUCCCCUGUUAAAACUGCAUUGGAUUAGUUCCACUUGCUAAUGAAAUUAAAAAACUUUUUGACCUUCUUAAGAAAAUAAAACUACUCAGAAAUAUUUAUGAAUUAUGAAACUGUCAUGAUGCGAAGUAUCUUCCUUGAGGAACAGGGAUUGUGGAGAAUAAAACUGAAUCAUAGCUGCACCUGUCAUACUACUAGUCCUUGUCUCUGUACGAUCCAGUCAUAUAUGAUGAAAUAAAGAACAAUCUGAGGGUGCCGAAAAUAUGGCAAGGAGGUCAUUGGAGGCUAAAAGGAGCAACAUUGUUUUGUUGUGUGUAGUAAACAAAUGUGUUCUCAGUUAAGAUAAGAUUUUAAAUUAAUAUUCGGAUUGACCGACAGUUCUGCCUGUGUUGUGCAAGUUUAUCUAGCAUUUAUAUGUCUAGUGUGUUGGUAUACCAUAUUCCUAUAUUCUCAAGGAAGCUACUAGAGAUUGACAACUGAUGCAUUUACAGAAUAUUAUUUUUAACAUGAGAGAAAUUAGAGAAGUUGAUUUAUUACUCUGAACUGUUUUGUUUGUUGUCAUAAUUGUAAUGCAAGCUUUGUUCAUAUCUGUCAAUUUGUAAUGUUGUGACUCAAUGACUGAUUACAUAAUCAUCAUCAUCAUCAUAUUUGUCGUCUUCUUCUUCUUCUUCUUCUUCUUCUUCUUCUUCUGUCUUUAAAUCAUGAUCUACUUAUAGUGUCUCAGACCCAUCACUAUCAUCUGCACCCCAAAUAACUUCAAUUGUGUGAAGAAAACAGGUAAAAAUAAUGCUGCCAAUAGUGAGAUGUGAUUUUUGUUUUAAGAUAGUGGAAAUAAUCUUCCAUUUUGAACAUAAUAUGUAUGGCAUAUAAUGUCGAUUUUGAGAAGAUUUCUUAUGGUAAUAUGAUAGUCAUAGAAAUUUUCAUUCUCUUCUCAAAGACCAAAAAAUGUAAUGCUAUUUCACCUUUAAAAAAAAAAAAUGAAGAUGUCACUCACCUUAUUCUGUUAUUUGUAUAUGGUGUGCAAAGUGUAAGCAGGAAAUAUUUCCUUUGUUCUGUGUUAGGUUGCAUACACUAAAUGUCGAAUAACUGCCUCAUUUUGUAGAAAUGGGUAAUGAAACUGUUUAGUUUUUCCUUUGUGUGUGUGUGUGUGUGUGUGUGUGUGUGUGUGUGUGUGU